AUGGACUGGCUAGGUCGUGCGAAGCUCGAAUUCCAUGCGUCUUCGACCCCUAUCUCCUUCGAGACUCAGGAUGGCGCCACCAAGACGCUGGUAGAUAUUGCACGAGAGGCCACGCCGGCGUGCCAGCUCAACCCGCUGCUGUUCAAUGGCCACCUGCAGACCUGCUACACAGCCGUCAUGAAGGAUGCGCCGGACGUGCACUACAAGCGCCGCAUCUUCGAGGCCGAGCAUAGCGGGUACUCGGGGAGCUUCGCCGUGGACUUCUACGUGCCCCCCGAGUCUGCGGGGGCCGAGAAGGACGAGUCGCUGCCGCCGCGGACCACGUACUUCAGCGAGGAGGAGCUGGCGGGUCUGGGGUCGGAUGACGAGAGGCCCAUGCUCGUCGUUCUGCAUGGAUUGUCGGGCGGCUCGCACGAGGUGUACCUCAGACACGCGAUUGCGCCGCUGCUCGAGAGCGGCAAGUGGGAGGCAUGCGUGGUCAACUCGCGCGGGUGCGCAAAGAGCAAGAUCACGACGGGCAUCCUUUACAAUGCUCGUGCUACGUGGGACACGCGGCAAGUCGUGAAAUGGCUGCGGAAGACUUACCCGAACCGACCGCUAUUCGGGCUGGGCUUCAGUCUAGGCGCUUGUAUUUUGACAAACUACCUUGGUGAGGAGGGCUCCAAUUGUCAACUCAAGGCCGCCGUCGCGUGCGCCAACCCUUGGAAUCUGGAGCUGUCAAGCAAUGCGCUGAAGCGCACCUUCAUUGGACAUAAUCUGUAUUCCCGGGUCCUGGGCACUGCUAUGAAAAAGCUGGCCGAGACACACAAGACGGAGAUUGAGAAAUUCACCGACCUGGAUCUAGAGAAGAUCUCGAAACUCACCUUCCUGUAUGAAUUCGAUAGGGAGGUGCAGUGCGCAGCCUGGGGCUACCCGACGGAGAAUGCGUACUACAGAGAUGCCUCGUCGGUAGACUCUGUCAUGGCCAUAAGGAUUCCAUACUUGGCGAUCAACUCCACGGAUGACCCCGUAAGUCUCCCUCCUAUGGUGCAUAAUGAAUAUUGCGGUGGUGUGGCCAAUGGAAGCUCAUCCGGUGAUCAGAUCUCUUCUUCUGAAGCGCUGCCAAUCGGCGAGAUCAAGACCAAUCCCUAUACGGUCAUGUGCACCACAUCCCUAGGUGGGCAUCUGGGAUGGUUCGAAUUCGGUGGUGGAAGAUGGCACAGCGCGCCGGUCGCCAAUUUCAUGAACUACAUGGCCUUCGAAGCCAAGCUUGGUAGCACCAAGUUGAAGGCGAACGGAACUGGCAGCAAAUACCAUGCCGGCGCUGAAUUCGAUCCCAUGCGCCGGAAGAUGGUGGUGCCCCUUGAGUAA